AUGAUGGUCUACAGUAAGAUACAGCCGGGCCCGUCGUCGGCUCUCCUUGCUGCGGUGUGUGCCAUUGCUGCGCAUUAUGUGGAAGAUCAGCCAGGGCUACGUCUCUCACUCGACUCGCGAUGUCCUAACAUCCGGUAUGCUCCUGAACAUUUCUACAGGCUGGCUCGUGCAAUCACUCAGGAGCAGCUGGAUCGAUGUGAUGACGGCAAGCCUCCACUCACACUCCUUCAAGCACUCAUUCUUAUCACAUUCUACGAGAUGAUCAUCAGUGCCAGAGGAAGGGCGUGGAGGUCUCUCGGUGCCUGCGUCCGCAUUGCGCAUGAGAUAGAGCUCCACCUGACAGACUCAUCACUGCAAGGCAAGUCACUACUUGAGCAAAAAGCUUUGGCGGAGUCUUGGUCUCGCAAAGAGGAACAACGAAGAGCUUGGUGGCUACUAUGGGAGCUCGAUGUCUUCGCCUCAACCGUCCGUAGACGUCCAGCGUCCAUACACGAUGGGGAACAUGCCGUUCUCCUCCCUGUGAGCGAAAAAUCCUGGUUUGAAGAUCGCUAUCAAGCAAGCUGCUUCUUGGAUCCGGAUCCUCUUCAUCGAACCCGAAAGCUUCUCGAAUGUGGGAACUCCAAUGGUAAAGCUUGGUAUAUUGUCGUCAGCUCACUGGUCCGCGAUGCGCACACAACCGCUAAUCCGACCUCCCAUUGCGAUCACACGAUGCCGAGACCGGAUGUUUCUCCAUUAAUGGACACGGGGUUUGACAAUCCCGUAGACGAGCGGAGGCUCGCGGUCCUGGACGAUUUUAUCUUGUACUUCAAAACCAUGCUCCCGAAGAAUCGGGCAUAUCAAGGCGACUACUUAUCUUUCGCCAUCUCUGGCGAUUCAUACAGCGGACCCACAGCAAUUGAAGACUGUGACACACAACUGAUUCACGCUAUGACUCAUCUUGGGAGGCUGAUGAUCUUGCACCACUUCUGCUUCCGGAGCAGUGGUUCCUUUCUCCUAAAAGGUAACAGGCUUAUGGAGUAUCUGUCCUUCAGUAGGCCUUCGAUAACCCAGAAACUUCGAGCAAUCCUGGGCUUCGCAGAUGACCAAGCUGCCUGGGAAAAAUAUCUUGAAGCGGCAGAGGAGAUUAUGCGCGUCAUCCGUAACGCUUCCCCGAACCAUAUCAGAUACGGCCAUCCACUACUCGCGUGCACUUUUUGGAUUGUUGCGGCUACUCAAUUAUUCAAAAAGGCGUUCGCCAAAGACGAGACCGAACGAGAGCUGGCUCAAUCGAAUUUUGACCUUCUAAGGCUCACUCUUGAUCACAGCCACAAAUUUUGGAAGACGUCUGAGUUGAUGAUCAAAAACAUAGACACACUGGCCUUACGACUUACUGAGCUCAAUGCGAGGCUGGCUGAUUCGCAGGCCGGUGGCCAUGACGCUCUUGAAUGCCUCAACGAGACUGAUCUUUCUGGCUUCAACGCAAGUUCGUUCGAGGAUCAGAACGGUAUUGUACAAGAGGGGUCUGAACAAGAUAACAGCAACACUACCGCGAUCAAGAACAGUCUCGGGCACAUUCCUCUACCAACCGAUACUGACUAUUCCCAAACGUGCGCAAGCCAAAUGCCGCUGGACAAUACCCUUUUGGCCGACAAACCCACUGAGAGUGAACUCCAAGCCUUUAUGUAUGAUUUCUGCGGGGAUAACUGGGACUUUUGGGGCCAAGAUCUCGCCGACUUAUUUCCUUCCGAUUGCCCUCGGACAUCAUAG